CGUCUGCAGGAGAGUGGGAACAAUCAGGUGGUGUUCAUGCAGUUGGAUCUGGGGAGUCUCGAGUCUGUUCGCAGCUUUGUUAAAACCUUCCUGGAGACGGAACCCCGACUGGACAUCCUCAUCAACAACGCAGGUGUGGUGGGCCACGGACAUACAGAUGAUGGUUUUGACUUGGCGUUUGGGGUCAACCACCUGGGUCACUUCCUGCUCACCAACCUUCUCCUGGAAAGCCUCCAGAAGUGCGGUCCUAGUCGUGUGGUCACUGUGGCAUCCAUUGGGCACCGUCGAGGCAAAGCUCACUUCCCCCUGAUGACCUCUAAGAAAGACUUGGUGUCUGGUCAGUCUACCUGGUGCAACCUCCAAGCCUACUGCGACAGCAAGCUGUGUAAUGUGCUCUUCACCAGGGAGCUGGCCAACAGGCUCGAGGGCACCAGCGUCUCCUGCUUCUGCCUCCACCCAGGAUAUAUCAACACAGAGCUGAGUCGAAGCCUUAGCCUAUGGCAGCAGCUCCUCCUGAUUCCCUUUGCCAAGCUCUUCCUCCAGGAUCCUGAGGGGGGGGCCCAGACCACCCUGCAUUGUGCCCUGCAAAAGGGCAUUGAGCCUUUUAGCGGACGCUACUUCUCUAACUGUGCGCUGCAACAAGUGGGAGCCAAAGGACGGGAUGAUGCCCUGGCAAAGAAGCUGUGGGAAGUGAGUGAGAGGUUAGCCAGUUUAUAAUGACGAACCAAAUCCUGAUCCAGCAUGUUCGCACGGUGCCUUAUCGCCCACUUUAAGGACUGGUUUCUUACUGUCUAUUUUUUUUUAAUAUUAUCUGCAUAACCUACACAUGACGGCUGUAAGGUUACUCUGGCAAGGAUGAA